AGGAAGUGCUCCACUAUGUUUUGAAACUCCAUACACCUUCACUAGGAUCAUCUGGAUCAUUUCAGCCCUGGAAUUGCAAAUCUCUACUGAAUAAAAGCUCGAGAAGGCUACUCUGGAUCAGAUUUCAUGAGAUGGUAAUGGCACUGCCCUUCACUUAUUAAUGAACCAAGGAGGAGUCCCAGCCACUCAACGUCGCCAUCCAGUGGACAGUCGUAACACCGAAAGAAAAAGGCCUCCCUCAUCUGAUCCUGUCUAUUGUCACUUUGCUUCAGACUAAUUGGUUUCAACAUAAAAGCAUAUAAUACAGGGUCUGUUUUCAGAAAUCUGUGCUGCUUUCAACAAGGACACGCUGAAAUUUUUUUGUCGCAGUAACAGUUUUGGACUUGAAUAACCCUUUAAAAGUUAUUUUAAAAAAGCAAUACACUGGCUUCACAAAACACAAAACACUGUCUGAUGAAGUGACUCAUGAAAGAGACUGAAAAAACAAAGUCAAAUGGAAGCAUAUACAGACGGACCGUUCACAGCUGCAAUCAACUCAACACACAACUCUUCUUAUGUUCCAGUUACACGCCCUGACUUUGACACGUCUCAUAAGUGGGAGUUCCUUGUUGCGGUCUUGGCUGUGGCGAUCUCCAUCUCUGCUCUCAUCGCUCUGUUGGCCAAAUGCCAGGUGGUGAGGCGCUACCUGGCCAGCUACAGACACACAAGACUCCGGGAGACGGAAGCAGUUAGCCAGGCAUCAGGUCUGGAUGUGGAAUUUUCCAUGCACAGUGGACAUGGCAUUCCUCCUGUGAUCGAGGAGGAUGAUGAUGGCUUCAUUGAAGAUAACUACAUCCAGCCCAGUGACCGUGAGCGUGCCCAGAGAGCAGCGGAGAUCCUGGAGGACACAGAGGAGGAGAUGGAGGACAUAGACUUUAGUAUUGCAUAGAAAGGUUGUCUCUUGUCCUCACACAGUCCACUCCUUUUUUAGUAAAAGAUUUCCUGCAGGGCUGAGUACCUUUCCAUUUCUUUCUGUACAGGCUUAAACAAUAUCUCUUUUUUGAUACUGGUGCUUAUGCAGCUUUUUUGAUACAUAUUCCUAUAUUAGUCCUAAGAACCACAAGACAACAAAAUGUUAAAUAAAAAAAAAAAAAAAAAACAUUUCUUUGACAUUUAUUUGAGUUAACUUUGGUUUGGCAAACUGGUCAUCAAAAUGUUGUUAUUGAUUGAACUUAUCGAUUGAACUUUUUAUAUCAUAUUGGUGCCUUUGAAAGGUAUCCAGCCCUAAUACUGUACUGACUUAUAUUUAUGCUAUUAAAAAUAUAAUUUUAAUAUAAUGAGUUUCAAAAGUAUAUAGGCAUGCACACAGAUUUAUUUUAUUAUUUUUACUAGGCCUAUUUAAAGAUAAUCACCUGUGUAUAAAAAACUGACAGGACAGAACAUAUGUUGUUAUUUUAAAAUGUGAAAGUAAAGCACUGAAAUCAGUUUGGCACUAUGCUGUAAACUGCCAAACUUGUGUCAGAUCUAUGAGGGGGAUGUCCCUCCUCUCUCAGGACCUGUGUGAGGAUGUGUGCACCAUAUCCAGAAUGAGCAGAUGUUUCUCUGAAAUUAUCAUUAUAGGUCAACUUUCAAGCUAA